AUGCGCGUAAAAGUCGAGAGCGUCGCGCCGCUCCCCCAUCUCAAGGCCUGGUUCACUCUCAACGCCAUCCCCACCGUUCACGACCUCAAAACUGCCCUCUGUAUCGAUCUUCUCCCCUUCCGUGACGCCGCCGUGCACGCCCAACAGCUCACACUUCUUCUCGACGACUUCGAGCUUCUCGACUCCAGCCCAAUUGAUGUCGUCCGCGAUGGCGACCUCAUAGUUAUCAAGAAAGCUCCCGCUCCUGCUGCCCAUAAGCGUAAAGCAGCGGCACAAGGUGAGCACGCAAACAGUCCUGCAAGAAAGCGGUCCAAGACAAACGACGGCAGAGCGCUCUCCAAGCCUCCUGCAGUUCCCCCCAGUCGUGCCCGUCCGAAGCGACACACGCCGCCCGCAUCCUCCUCAGAGUCCAGCUCAGAAUCGGGUACCGAUUCGUCCGGCUCAGAGUCGAGUUCUUCCGACUCCGAUUCUUCGUCCGACUCCGAGUCAGACUCUUCGACCUCUUCCGAUUCCUCUUCGUCGUCCACAAGCUCAAGCGCACCCUCUGUACACCUGCCUCGCCGCAGAUCUUCCACACGCACCGCAAAUGGUGUCCAAACUGGCCCGAAGGAGCAAGUGACCGCCCCCAAGCCCGCUCCCGGUACACCUCCCGUUCCGCCCGGACAAGGAAAGCCUUCCACCCACAGCCGCAAUCUCCGUCGCCGCCGCAAGAAGCUGUAUGAACGCAUCGCCCUAACAGCCGAGCCUGCCAGCGUGAACGAGAUCCCCCUCGGCACACGCGCUCGCACGCUUGAGCCCCCCGCGACCGCUAUAUCUACGCCCUCCGAGGAACCAGAGUCUCAGCAGUCCAAACCUGCAAAAAGCAAAGGCAAAGGGAAAGCUCGAGAGGGGAGCGGCGACGCCGAGCCGCCAACCUUCAUGAUGGCGUCCUUGUCGAACAAGAACAAGCGGCGCGGGUUCAAAGACGCACUCAUCCGAGGCGUCCCCGCCAAGAUCACGUUCACCGAUGGUGUAUCAGUCCCUAGCACGUCCAGCGCAGGACAGGUGGACGCGGCCGCGAUGCAAGUGGACGCCGAUGCGGACGCGCUCGUCGUCGCAGCUUCUCUGCAGGCCCAGGAAACCCCUCGGCGCACGCAGCAACCGCGCCUCGUCCCUCCGUCCGAGAAGCAGGAGCGCGGGCUGCUGCCCCCGAACAUGUUCGUCACGAGCAUCGACGUCGAGGAGGGCAUGUGGCUCUCGAGACGGAAGAACAAGAAGAAGAAGCAAAAACAGCCGAUAGAGGAGCCUUGGGACCAGGAAGCAGAUGCGACGUUCGCGGAAGGUCUGCCGUAUGACGACGAGUGUGCCCAAGCCGCUUACCCCGCCAGCAACAACGCCAAUGGUGCUGGGACGAAUUCGGACAGCGGAGAGGCUACGGAACGUGCUGUCGUGGCCGCUCGCUGGGAUUCUCUCCGGAAAAUCACCGACAAGUCUCAGGUGUCUGUGGGGGCGACGGUUGCGUGGAAGGCAUUGGGAAUCAACUCUGCCACUCUCACGCCGGAGAUGCUGCUGCAUAUCGCACGUGUCCUCCAGUGCGGUGAUCAGCUCAUCGUUCAGCCAAUCACCGAAGCUGGCACAGGUGGGGUAUCGUUCGGCGGCGUGGUCGUCGAAGAGGAAGGUGGAGCAACGGAGGAAACCUUCGAGUGGGCAGAUGUCUUUCAGGGCGAUUGGCGGCUGGUGGUAUCCCACUGA